AAUUGAAAAAUAUUCUGUGCAAUAAGAUGCCUGCUGGAGUCUCUUGGGGUCAAUACAUUACUUUCUCUGUAUCAGCCAUGUUGUCAAUGCUAGCUGGAUCUCAACUAGUACAUCUCCAAUAUAAGCCAUUGUUAGAUCUAAACAAAUAUAUUGAAAAAGAAUUGCAACAUUUACCACCAGAUGUACAAAAAAAGAUUCGUCAAGAGCUCAAAGAGGAAGGGGUUUUAAAGUAGUCAUGAAAUGUUAUUUAUUACAUAUAGUGUAUUAUUGUUCAUGUAAAUAAAAUAAAAGGACAUGUAGCUUAUGCAUUUUAA